UCGUAGCUUCAAGGGUGUGCGCGUUCUCGACACAGCAGGAAAUAUGGCGGCGCUCAUGACUCUCACCCAGUUAUCGAGUGGAAACCCAGUUUACGAAGUCUACUACAGACAGGUGGAUCUGGGAGACACUGGGACAGUAGGAGCUGCAGAUGCUGCUCAGUUCCUGAAGAAAUCAGGCCUUUCAGACAGUACCUUAGGAAAAAUCUGGGAUUUGGCCGAUCCAGAAAGGAAGGGCUUCUUGGACAAACGGGGUUUCUUUGUAGCGUUGAGGUUGGUGGCCUCCGCUCAGGGUGGCAACGACAUCAGUCUCAACAACCUCAAUCAGACUCUAGCAGCACCCAAGUUUAGAGACACAAAUACUCCGUUGCUCAGCACAUCGCUGAGUACACCUUCAUCUGAUUCCCACUGGGCUGUAAGGUCUGAUGAAAAAAGGAAGUUUGAUGGCAUCUUUGAAAGUCUUCUACCAGUCAACGGUCUUUUGUCUGGAGACCAAGUCAAACCUGUCCUGAUCAACUCCAAACUACCCAUGGAUGUGUUAGGAAGGAUUUGGGACCUCGGUGACGUGGAUAAAGAUGGACACUUGGACAGAGAGGAGUUUUCAGUGGCCAUGCACCUGGUGUACAGGGCUAUGGAGAAGGAGCCUGUCCCUUCCAUCCUGCCCUCCUCCCUCAUCCCUCCAUCCAAGAGGAAGAAGUCUGCGGGGGCUCUGCCUGGCGCCGUCUCCGUCCUGCCUCCCUUGUCUGCCCUCGCAGGCCUGUCUGGUCUGUCUCGGACAGCCAGCUCUCCUCCCCUCCCCGGCGCUGUAGCGGCUCUGCCUGGCUUGUCUGGUCUGUCUCGGACAGCAAACUCUCCUCCUCUCAAAGACACCCUACACUCCACCCCGUCUCACAGAAGCAUCACCUCCAUCAACAGCGCUGGCAGUCUCUCUCCUAAACCUUCGUUCAAAGCCCCCUCACAGUCACCUGCGGUUGUGAACUGGGUGGUCCCGGUGGCAGACAGAGGACGUUAUAAUGACAUCUUCCUGAAGACAGACACAGACAUGGACGGUCUUGUCACCGGAGGGGAAGUCAUGGAGAUCUUCAUGCUGUCCAACCUUUCUAAGACCAUGCUGGCACAGAUCUGGGGUCUGGCUGACACCAAGCAGACAGGAAAGCUGUCCAGAGAGCAGUUCUCUUUGGCCAUGUGGCUGAUCCACCAGAAAGUCAUCAACGGAUUGGACCCUCCCCAGACCCUCUCCCCCGAAAUGAUACCCCCCUCUGAGAGGACCACCACCUCUGUUCUUGACAGCAGCAGUUCUACAGAGUCAGCUGACCUGACAGGCAUCAAAGAGCUGGAUGACAUCAGUCAGGAAAUCGCCCAGCUGCAGAGAGAGAAGUAUACUCUGGAGCAGGACAUCAGGGACAAAGAGGAAGCCAUCAGACAGAAGAACAAGGAAAUUCAGGAGAUGCUGGAGGACCUGGACCAGGAGAGCGGUGGUCUGCAGGACCUGGAGGCCCAGAAGCAGGAUGCUCAGCAGCAGCUGGAGGAGAUGGACCAGCAGAGGAACAAGCUGGAGGGCAUGCUAAAAGAUGUUCACCUGAAGUGUCAGGAUCAGUCCACCCUGAUCUCAUCCUUACAGACCCAGAUCCACAGUCAGGAGUCUGACCUGCAGAGUCAGGAGACUGAGCUGAGUCGUACCAAGUCUGACCUGAACAAACUGCAGUUGGAGGAGAAGCAGCUAGAGCAGAACCUGCUGACCGGACGCAUGCAGCUAGACUCCAUCAUCAAGUCACUCAAGGCCACCCAGGAUGAGAUCAACCAGGCUCGUAGUAAGCUUUCUCAGAUCCAGGACAGUCAACAGGAGGUGACUAAGACUAUAGAGCAAUACAACAACGCUCUGAACGGAACCCACAGCCAGACUCAUGCUGGCAGCAUGACCAACCUGGCAGACAUGAGCGAAGUAGGAUUCUCAGAGAGGGAGAACGGAGAAUUUGGCGCCAGGAAUCAGGAGGACUCUUUCAAAUCGAGGAUAGCCAUGUUCAGCAGCAACAAAUCAACACCAGAACCCCUUCCAGCAGCAGACCCCUUCCAGACAGAGGACCCCUUCAAAUCAGACCCCUUCAAAGAUCCAUUUGAAGCCGAUGAUCCCUUCAAAGAGAGUGAUCCAUUCAAGGGUGCUUCCUCAGACUUCUUCAAGAAAACGACCGAUGUGUUUGCCUCGGCAGAUCCCUUCAGUAGAAAACCUACUCCCCCCAUCAAGCCUGGUGGCAGUCUGUCGGGUAGCAGGAAUCUCUUAACCUCCCACAGCCCCCGGCCCAGCCCCAAGCCUACAGAUGGCUUCGGAACAGUGGACCCUUUCGGCGGCAACGCUUUUGGAGGAAAGAGUGGAUUCGCAGACUUCAGUCAAAUGUCUAAAAAGAAACCAAUCAACCCUGUGCUACCACCUAAGAACACACCUAACAGGCCUGCGCCUCCUUAUGUCAGGAAGUGAGUCAGAGCAGCUGGCGUGGGCGAAGAGGGAGACUCCGCCCACAGGAACAGGAGAGACUGAGGAGACUCCGCCCACAGGAACAGAAGGACCCGGACCUGGCCAUCGCCCUCAGCACGGAUAAAAUCUAAGAACCCUAUUAGACUCACAACAAUAACCACAGUCCUGUUAGACACUCACAACGACACACACCUCCUGACCACAGUCCUGUUAGACACAACGACACACACCUCCUGACCACAGUCCUGUUAGACACAACGACACACACCUCCUGACCACAGUCCUGAUACAAGCUGAAUAAAACCAUGCAACUGACAGAUAUCAUACAGUACAUCACAACAAACAGCUUCACCACGAGCAACAGUUCCUCAACAGCCCAAAUACUACCGUCUGACUAGAGCCUGAGGACAGUGUGUCUUCGGACUAGACUACAACACUUGUACACCCCCAAUAUAAACCAGAGUACACCCUAACAGCAACUACAACUUCACCCUGACAACAACUACAACUUCACCCUAACAACAACUACAACUUCACCCUGACAACAACUACAACUUCACCCUAACAACAACUACAACUUCACCCUGACAACAACUACAACUUCACCCUGACAACAACUACAACUUCACCCUGACAACAACUACAACUUCACCCUGACAACAACUACAACUUCACCCUGACAACAACUACAACUUCACCCUGACAACAACUACAACUUCACCCUGACAACAACUACAACUUCACCCAGACAACAACUACAACUUCACCCAGACAACAACUACAACUUCACCCAGACAACAACUACAACUUCACCCAGACAACAACUACAACUUCACCCAGACAACAACUACAACUUCACCCAGACAACAACUACAACUUCACCCUGACAACAACUACACCCUGACAACAACUACACCCUGACAACAACUACAACUACACCCUGACAACAACUACAACUUCACCCUGACAACAACUACAACUUCACCCUGACAACAACUACAACUUCACCCAGACAACAACUACAACUUCACCCAGACAACAACUACAACUUCACCCAGACAACAACUACAACUUCACCCAGACAACAACUACAACUUCACCCUGACAACAACUACAACUUCACCCUGACAACAACUACAACUUCACCCUGACAACAACUACAACUUCACCCUGACAACAACUACAACUUCACCCUGACAACAACUACAACUUCACCCAGACAACAACUACAACUUCACCCAGACAACAACUACAACUUCACCCAGACAACAACUACAACUUCACCCAGACAACAACUACAACUUCACCCAGACAACAACUACAACUUCACCCAGACAACAACUACAACUUCACCCUGACAACAACUACACCCUGACAACAACUACACCCUGACAACAACUACAACUACACCCUGACAACAACUACAACUUCACCCUGACAACAACUACAACUUCACCCUGACAACAACUACAACUUCACCCAGACAACAACUACAACUUCACCCAGACAACAACUACAACUUCACCCAGACAACAACUACAACUUCACCCAGACAACAACUACAACUUCACCCAGACAACAACUUCACCCAGACAACAACUACAACUUCACCCUGACAACAACUACAACUUCACCCAGACAACAACUUCACCCAGACAACAACUACAACUUCACCCUGACAACAACUACAACUUCACCCUGACAACAACUACAACUUCACCCUGACAACAACUACAACUUCACCCUGACAACAGCCCCUCUAGACUGUGGCCCAAUCAUCCCCUAACCCCUGUGCCCAAAUCGGCCCCUAAACCCUACGCCCUAUGCUAAUCUGAGAGGAUUUGACAGGGGUAAGUAAUCUGGCAAUAGCUCCAGCGUGCUCUCUGAUAGGCUAGGUGGAAGUUUCACUAUAUUGCUUAUACCGAUCAAAUCCUCUCCGAUCUCUACCAGUGCAUAUGGUGUAGGGUUUAGGGGUCGAUUUUUGGAUUGGGCCUAGGACUUGAGGAUGGGAUGGCAGCCCCUCUACCGAUUCAGCUCCGCUGAAGCCAGACUUUAUCAACACUAACCUACCAAAGCCUCUCUUUUAACCUCUUUGUCAUCGUCAGCCUCAGUGGUUAAUUCCAGUUAGCUGCAUCACAACUAAAAUCAGCUACAGCUCAGCUCCUUUUCUUCUUUUUUUUAGCCCCGAUUUUAGUCCGACUUGACUGACUGACAGCCUAAAUCAAGAGUGACUUAACUCUGACUUGGCUAAGGUCAGGGGUCGUUCGGACUCUAGUAGACCCCGUAGUUCUUCUAUGGGGAGACUCUGGGUGCUUAACUUUGUUUUUGCUUCAUCAUUUGUUGUGAGGAAAUAGCCAAGAUUUUAACAUUUGUAUUUAAUUUGUAUUAUUUAUAUAGGGGAAGAAUCAUGCACUUGUGGUUUAUGAAGUAUCUGUAUAUGUACUAUUAUAACUGUUCAAUAUACCCUUAAAAACAGUAACAGUUUUCUGCCAGUAAGUGUGCUUGUGUUCAUGAUUUACCCUUAAAAACAGUAACAGUUUUCUGCCAGUAAGUGUGCUUGUGUUCAUGAUUUACCCUUAAAAACAGUAACAGUUUUCUGCCAGUAAGUGUGCUUGUGUUCAUGAUUUACCCUUAAAAACAGUAACAGUUUUCUGCCAGUAAGUGUGCUUGUGUUCAUGAUUUACCCUUAAAAACAGUAACAGUUUUCUGCCAGUAAGUGUGCUUGUGUUCAUGAUUUACCCUUAAAAACAGUAACAGUUUUCUGCCAGUAAGUGUGCUUGUGUUCAUGAUUUACCCUUAAAAACAGUAACAGUUUUCUGCCAGUAAGUGUGCUUGUGUUCAUGAUUUACCCUUAAAAACAGUAACAGUUUUCUGCCAGUAAGUGUGCUUGUGUUCAUGAUUUACCCUUAAAAACAGUAACAGUUUUCUGCCAGUAAGUGUGCUUGUGUUCAUGAUUUACCCUUAAAAACAGUAACAGUUUUCUGCCAGUAAGUGUGCUUGUGUUCAUGAUUUACCCUUAAAAACAGUAACAGUUUUCUGCCAGUAAGUGUGCUUGUGUUCAUGAUUUACCCUUAAAAACAGUAACAGUUUUCUGCCAGUAAGUGUGCUUGUGUUCAUGAUUUACCCUUAAAAACAGUAACAGUUUUCUGCCAGUAAGUGUGCUUGUGUUCAUGAUUUACCCUUAAAAACAGUAACAGUUUUCUGCCAGUAAGUGUGCUUGUGUUCAUGAUUUACCCUUAAAAACAGUAACAGUUUUCUGCCAGUAAGUGUGCUUGUGUUCAUGAUUUACCCUUAAAAACAGUAACAGUUUUCUGCCAGUAAGUGUGCUUGUGUUCAUGAUUUACCCUUAAAAACAGUAACAGUUUUCUGCCAGUAAGUGUGCUUGUGUUCAUGAUUUACCCUUAAAAACAGUAACAGUUUUCUGCCAGUAAGUGUGCUUGUGUUCAUGAUUUACCCUUAAAAACAGUAACAGUUUUCUGCCAGUAAGUGUGCUUGUGUUCAUGAUUUACCCUUAAAAACAGUAACAGUUUUCUGCCAGUAAGUGUGCUUGUGUUCAUGAUUUACCCUUAAAAACAGUAACAGUUUUCUGCCAGUAAGUGUGCUUGUGUUCAUGAUUUACCCUUAAAAACAGUAACAGUUUUCUGCCAGUAAGUGUGCUUGUGUUCAUGAUUUACCCUUAAAAACAGUAACAGUUUUCUGCCAGUAAGUGUGCUUGUGUUCAUGAUUUACCCUUAAAAACAGUAACAGUUUUCUGCCAGUAAGUGUGCUUGUGUUCAUGAUUUACCCUUAAAAACAGUAACAGUUUUCUGCCAGUAAGUGUGCUUGUGUUCAUGAUUUACCCUUAAAAACAGUAACAGUUUUCUGCCAGUAAGUGUGCUUGUGUUCAUGAUUUACCCUUAAAAACAGUAACAGUUUUCUGCCAGUAAGUGUGCUUGUGUUCAUGAUUUACCCUUAAAAACAGUAACAGUUUUCUGCCAGUAAGUGUGCUUGUGUUCAUGAUUUACCCUUAAAAACAGUAACAGUUUUCUGCCAGUAAGUGUGCUUGUGUUCAUGAUUUCUUGUUGAAAAUCUCCUUUUUCGUAAGGAAAUGUUUAGAUUAUGGAAAUACGGAUAUUCUUUGUUAUUUUCUUGUCUCGGGGGUUCUGAACUUUUAUUGCCUUCCACCACAACAGAAUAAUGACAAAUUCAAAAACUCUCCUGCCUUAAAGGGGGGGUUGACCUUUCACCUCUCACUGUCAACAUUUAGAUUGUAUUUUUGUUGUAAUCUCUUAAUGCUAAAAUCGAUAAUGCAUUCAGUGGGUUUAUUUUGACGUGUUUCAUCUGUUAUUGAUUUAUUCAACUAGGGCAUUAGAAUUACGACGUUUAUUUUAUAUUUAAUUCAUUUUCAGGAGAAAGUGUAUUGUUACACUCACAAGCACCACACUCAAUAAUCACUCAGUUUGAUCCUGGCCACUACCUGGCGCAAGGAUACGCUAUCCUAAUGCCUUGUAAUUCACUGAUGAUAGGGGUUGUUUGGCACAUACAAUGUGUGUUUAUGACCUCCUAUGGUUGUCUCAAAUUGCACCCCUAUUCCCUAUAAGGGGCCCCUGGUUAAAAGUAGUGCAUUAUAUAGGGAAUAGGGUGUCAUUUGGGCUACAGACACUGUGUGUGUGUGUAUGUAUAUUCUGGGAACUCUGUGCUGCAGCUCAUUCUCCAGUGUUGACCUGAAGGAGUAUUGUAUUGGUCACACUGGGAUGCAUUAAGGAGUCAUGUCCACAAUGAUGUCUGUCUUACUUAUCCACAACCACAAUGGCUCAUUUCAUGUGUAACAGUAUAUAUGAUUAUAAAUAUUCCAUCAAGGUUGAAAUAAUUGAAAUCCUGUGUAUAUCUUUGAAUAUAAAUAAAACCUCAUGUAACAUUCCA